AUGAAGAAUUAAAUUUCUAGUUUGAUACUCAAAACAUACAACAUUUUAGAAGUAUUCAAAAUCACUAAUUUAGAAUAAUAUGUAUGAAGAUAUAGUUAGUUGGAAUCAAGAUGGGUUAUCUUUUACAGUCAAAAAUAUAAAUUAAUUCUCAUCGAUUGUUCUACCCAACCACUUCAAGCAUUUGAAUUUCUCUUCAUAUAUUAAGAUGGUAAUUUUUGUUAUCACAUUAAGUUAAACAUGCAUGAUUUUCAUAAAACAUAAAUAGAAAGUGUCAAUGAAUUUAAAAAUGAAUAUUUCCAAAAAGGCAGAAAGUAUAAACCACAUUAAUUAGGGAUCUACUUCAUCAAAUUAAACGAUAAGCACAUAAUAAACUUAAAGCACUUAGCUAGUCUAUUCAACAUGAUUCCUAAGAUAAAUUAGAUUAAGUAACAACUAUAAUUUUAUUAUUAAAUCUAGCUUUCCUAAAAAUGUGAUUAUUUGAAUAACCUUUGCUCUUCACUUUUCGAAAGAAAUCAUAAAGUUAUAAAAGAUAAUAAAUCUCUCUUAAAAGUUGUUACUAGCCAUAGUAAAAUCUAUUUUCAAGAUGAAAUUUAACACCAAGAAUAAUUGUGUAUAAAAAAAGAAGAAUUAACAAAUAAUGAUUUAUGA